AUGCCCCAUAGUUAUGAUCUUGAAGGCCCCAGGCACUGUAGGGUCAUUAAUGAUCGGAACCCCAGCUACAAACAGCUCAAGUUCCGCAUUAUCCAUGAGACAGGGCUUGCUAUGAACUUCCUGCAUAGCAUGACACCCCCUUUGCUUCACUUCGACUUAAAACUGGGAAAUAUCCUUCUAGAUGGGAAUAGGUACGAUAAGGUAAGGCAUUUUGGCUUAUCUAGAUGGAUGGAGCAGCCGAGCUGGAUGCCGUACAUGGAGAGAUCAGCCUUGAGGGGCACCCUGAGCUACGUCCCACCUGAAAUACUUCUCCAGAGCACCAGGCCACCGGGAACAAGGGCUGCCCAGCACGGCUCCGGGAUUAUCAUUUCAGAGGUUCUUAUGCAAAAGAAGCCACGCUCAGAUACCCGCAUGAUGGCCAUCAUAGCCAGGGUGUCAGCAGGCAAGAGGCCCUGUCUCGUGUCCGUCGGUGAGGAGUGGCCAGGGGAACACCAGCAGCUGGUUGACUUGAUGAAGAAGUGCUGGGACCAAGACCCGAGGAGAAGACCGUGCUUCAUGGGUGUGGCAUCCAAGUGUGACACUCAGCUGAGGGCAAAGCCAAACCCUGGUACUAAACGCCCAGCCUCUUAUUUUGAAAUAGCUGUGCCAUGUAGACGUACCCGCGGUGACACUCAAGGAAAUGUGGAGAAGGUGAAGUUUCUGUUGAGGCAGGAGGCCAGUGUGGACAGCCAGCUUGGCUGUGGCCUCACCCCACUCAUGGCUGUGCAGAAGGGGUCACCAGAGAUCUAUUCCAUUCUAAUCGAGCAUGAUACAGAUGUCAACAUGGCCAACAAAGACGGCUGGUCCCCUUUUCACUUCAGAAUGGGGAUGUUUGUGCGCCUCCUGCUGGUCCAGCAGGCAUGGGCAGACUCCCAAGAAUGUGAAGCUCCGCUCCACUUGGCAUCUCAGAACCACUUUGAGAAUGUCGCCUGGAUGCUGCUCUCUCGCCAGGCUGACCCCGCAUGCCAGGAGAACGAUGGGAGAACUGCCCUCCACGCGGCAGCUUACUGCGGGCACCUCAGCCACGUGGCACCCCUGGCCAGCCAAGGAGCUGACCAUGAAGGGAAGCAGAAGACCCAUUGAACCCCACUGCACCUCGCUGUGGAGAGGGGUACUUUUAGAGGGGUGCAAUAUCUGCUGAAGAGCAGGGCGUCUGUCAGCUGCCUGGAUGAGCAUCACUCCAGUGCUUUGCACAUGGCUGCUGUGAAGGGGAAGUAUCUGAUAUGCGAGAAAUGGAUCAAAUAUGGGGCAGAUGUGGACUUGAGGACUCCUCUAUACCUCGCUUGUUUCAAAGGCUGCAUUGAAAUGCUCUGCCUGCUACACAGCCAUGUCAAAGGAGGCAGGGGUUGGACGCCGCUUCAUGUGGCUGCCCACCACAGUGAAGAUGGGGUGAACCCCAAGGCUGCUGAGAAAUCAGAGUGGACCCCUCUCCACCUUGCCGUGCAGCAGGGGGCCUUCCUAAGUAGCAUCAACCUCCUGGAGCUCAAGGCAGAUGUCCAUGUUAAGAACAAAAUGGGCUGGACUCCUCUUCACCGCUCUGUCCUCAGCGGCAAUGCAGCUACCGUAAAGGCCUUGAUAAGGCUGAAUGUGGAGGACCCGACGGGCUGCACUCCCCUCCCACUGGCCGUUAGGAAUCAGAAGCAAAGCACUGCUACUGUGUUGCAAGGGAAGGACUUGCCAAUGCAUAACAUGGGGAGCAGGGAUGGCACUGAGCAGUGAAAAAGCUUUUAAACCAUGAGCCCCAAUUCGUCCCUUGACACUGUUGACAGGAGGGAUGGAUUUGAAGAGUCACCAGCGUUUGCGAUUUUAUGCUGAGUUCUCGCAGGAUUAGAUGUUUCUUCACUAGCUCCUGGAGUCAGGCAAUUGUGGGAAGAUCUAGACAUUUAAAAAACAAAUUGAGUUCACGUCUUUGCCAAGAAAAGCUGGAGGAUGUGAAUCCUAAAGGCUUCGAAGCCGGAGGGCAAACACAAAGAACCCAGCACUGGUUAUUCUGGGGGCCUGACUCAUAAAUGGGAAGGUUAGAGGUGGGUGUGUUGGAUAUGACCCAUGUGUUUGUGCUUCCAUGCUAGUAAUGUCAUCAGCGGAUGGAAGUGGAUGCAAAAGCUACAGCCUCUUUUUGUACAGACCCUGCUGGAAUUGCAUCUAACAACAAACAUACACCCGUCUCCCACAAAGCUUCCUGCUUCUGUUCCGCCCUUCAAUGGGGAGUUUUUUCA